AUGUCCAGUUCAGCUGUGACGCCGACGAUGCGUACGCUCGGCUGGAACAUCGAGCUCCUGGCGACGCGCGGGGACAUCCUGUUUGCUGGCACGUUUCAACCCGACCAAAAUUCAUUUAUUACUUUCCGCGACAUCGUGGAUGAGAUGCGACUGUGUUUCGAGAUCCCGCACGACGAAUGGAACUCUAUCAGCUGUACCGGCUCUGCGGAUAUCUGGGAUGACGUCGCUUUCGGCGUGGUAGGCUUGAUAAACAUAUCCGACGAUCACCCUCCUAUCCCGACAUUUGUACAUAGCAAGAAUCUUGAUCGCCCAGUCCCAGCCCUUUCACAAGGGACAUCGCAGAUGCCAGACGAUCGGCCGGUAAUUCAGUACCGUGUGUUUAUCCACCGGGGGUGCACCCUGUCGACUGACCACCCAGUGGACGCUCAUUUCAUCGCUGGCUGUGCAAAGCACAUCUCCAAACCAGUCCGUCGCGUAGAACCACGCUACCUACCGCCGAAGAAGCCCUCUGCUGACCCACGAUUCGCGGCAUACCCUCUUCGAAAGACCGCACGGGUACGGAAAGGCUCUCGAUCACCCUCGAAACGUUCAACGUCUGGUUCUGUAUCCCCGAGUAAGGACUCGGAGAGCGGCCAGCCUUCGGUCGAAGAAGACGAUCUCCCCGACAUGGUUACGCCUCCCCAAGAAAACAUCCAGGCCGAACGCGCCAAACGCGUCAUUGCCAGAUUCCGAGAUUCAUGUCUCGCAUCAGCUCGCCAGUGUGCGGUCUCGGGCAUGGGGCGGUCAUGGUACGCCAAUCCGACGAUCGGCCCUGCAUUACACGCAUGCCAUAUUGUGCCACAGCAGCAUUACCAUUUAUAUCCCGACCCGGAAGCGGUUCCCGGCGAAGUACAACCUCAGAGCGCAAUGUCCAGUAACCGUCGCUUGAUGCAGGCCUGGGAAAAUACAUGGGAUCCGACUAAUGGGAUUCUUCUCUUAAGCCACCUCCAUGAACUUUUCGAUGCCCGGCUAUUUUCCAUACACCCCAAGACCCUGCAGAUACGAGUUUUCAUGCCGUAUGAUGUCCUUCUUGGGUAUCAUGGGGCUGUCGCCAAAGUGCCUAGGUCUGUAGAUCGGGCUGCCCUGCGGCAUCACUACGAGAUGUCCUGUAUUGAGAACAUGGCUGCCAAGAUGGCUUUUGUAGAGCCAAUGCCAUGGUCGGAGAGUGCAACGACAUCUGGCAAGGAUACACCACUCGAUCCACGAAGCAAGCUGACCAAACUAUCAAGUAUAAAUAUGUUGGAGUCAACUUCAGUGUCAAGGAACCCAGACAGUCAGGCUGGUCAAAAUAUUUCCGGUGAUCCACCUAAGCGGGCUCAAGAUGGACAGUUUUGGGAAGAGCAGCACCACUCUGAGUCACCAGAUGAUUCAUUUUCAGACGACGAUAGCUAUCCUUUCUCUGCAAGGACAAAGACGGACGACUGGAAACUGCGCGAAGUUGAAGCACUUGGCUUUGAUUCACGCAAACGUAAAAGAUCGUGCUCUGUGGACGAACCUUUUAUCGUCCAAUAUGAUCAAUACAUGGCACCUGUUAAUGCAGAGGAGUUUCUAGCUGAUGUUAGCUGGGAGUUGAACAAGUUUGCGAGACGUUCGUAUCAGACCGAAAGGCCUAGAGGUUGA